AUGAAGGCCUCUAUCAUCGCUGGUCUCUCCCUUCUGGGAGCGGCCAUGGCGGCCGAUGUUCCCUCGAUUGAGAUCAAGGGCAAGAAAUUCUUCUACUCCAACAACGGCACCGAGUUCUUCAUCCGUGGUGUCGCUUACCAGCCCAACUUCACGGGUCGCAACGGUGCUGACAGCACCGAUACCUACACCGACCCGCUGGCCAUCGACACCUGCAAGCGUGAUAUUCCCUACCUCGUCCAAUUGCGCACCAACGUUGUCCGUACAUACGCUGUCGACCCCAGCAAAGACCACGAUGAGUGUAUGACUGCCCUCGCCGAUGCCGGUAUCUAUUUGAUCACCGAUCUGUCCUCGCCUAGCGAAUCCAUCCAAUCCGACGACCCGACCUGGAACUCGGAUCUCUUCACUCGCUACUCCCAGGUUGUUGAUGCCUUCGCCAAGUACCCCAAUGUCAUUGGCUUCUUUGCCGGAAACGAAGUCUCCAACAAGGUCAACAACACCAAUUCCAUGGCCUACGUCAAGGCCGCCGUCCGUGACAUGAAGUCCUACAUCAAGCAAAAGAACUACCGUAGCUCCCUCGGCGUUGGCUACGCCACCGACGACGAUGCCACCGUCCGUGAAGACAUCACCAACUACCUCGUCUGUGACGAAGCUGCCGACUCCAUCGACUUCUUCGGCUACAACAUCUACGAGUGGUGCGGCGACUCCAGCUACCAGAAGUCCGGCUACGCCGAUCGCACCAAGGAAUUCGCCGACUACCCCGUCCCCGCCUUCUUCUCCGAGUACGGCUGCAACGAAGUCCGCCCUCGCAAGUUCACCGACGUCCCCGUCCUGUUCGGCGACCAGAUGACCGACGUCUGGUCCGGCGGCAUCGUCUACAUGUACUACGAAGAAGCCAACAAGUACGGCCUCGUCACCGUCUCCGGCGACGACGUAUCGACCCUCUCAGACUUCAGCUACCUCUCCAAGCAAAUGGCCUCUGCCACCCCGACCGGCGUGAACUCCGACAAGUACUCCGUCUCCACCACCGUCGGUCGCAGCUGUCCCACCAUCGGCUCGGACUGGAACGCCGCCAGCAAGCUGCCCCCCUCGCCCAACGCAGACCUCUGCGAGUGCAUGUACAACUCCCUCGAGUGUGUCCCCAACUCCGACAUCACCGACAAGCAGAUCGGAACCACCUUCGGCUACCUCGGCGGCGAGAGCGGUGUCAUGGACGGAGUCCAGUCCAACUCCACUUCUGGCACUUACGGUGCCUACUCCAUGUGCUCGCCUAAGCAGCAGCUGGCUUGGGCUAUGAACGUUUACUACCAGAAGAACAAGGCCAAGGCUGGUAGCGACGCUUGUGGCUUCAACGGUGUCGCUAGCACCAAGAAGUCUACCUCUGCCUCUGGCUCCUGCGCUACUCAGAUGAGCUCUGCUGGCUCGGCUGGUACUGGCGCCGUCAGUGCUGGUCUCGCUGCUAGCACUGCUGCUGGUGCUUCUGGCUCUGGCUCUUCUGGCUCUUCUACUAGUGGUGCUACCUCCUCUGGUAUUGCUGCUGGCACCGUUCCCCAUGCUGUGCACAUUGGUGCCUGGCAGGCCGGUGCCUAUGCGGUCGCUGCCGUUGCCUCUGGUAUCUUCAUGGUUAUGCUGUAA